UAUAUAGGCUUCUUGGCCCAUAUGGGAUGAAGGUGCCUCAGCUAACCCCGUCAAGAAUAAGGCUCUUAUCUUGCACCAGAUCUUACGAUAGCUCAAAAGCAAAGGAUCGCCUUGGCUAUGUACCCGUUGUAACUCUACAGGAAGGCUUGCGGAUGACAAUUGAAUCAUACCCACAUUUGAGGGCUGAAAAUCAAGUUACGUCUAAAAGAGAAGGUCCCUCCAAAGCUUCUGUCUAUCUUGGAAGUGGAAGAGUUGCAGACACUUUACUUUGGAAGGAUAAAAAGCAAACUUUCACCACAUUGUUAGUCUUGAUAGCAAUAUAUGUCAACUUCAUUGCAUCUGAGAAUACCUUCAUUACUGCUCUUGCAAAGCUUCUAAUUUACUCAUCAAUCGGUUUAUUCGUUCAUGGCAUUUUUCCUGCAAAAAUAUUGGGGUACACUAUUGAGAAAAUGCCCCCAUCAUGGUUCCACUUAUCAGAAGAUAGGUCAAAUCGAAUUGCUCUCAGAGUAGCCUCAUCUUGGAAUUUUGCUGUGAGUGCUUUAAAAUCUAUUGCAGAAGGGAAUAAUUCGGUGUUGUUCUUCAAGGUUGUUUUCUCUAUGCUCGUUCUUAGCUUCCUGGGAGCAUUUUCACUUCAUAACUUGUAUACUAUAGGACUUACCUUAGCAUUUAUAGCUUUCUACGUUUAUGAAAAGAAGGAGGAAGACAUUGACAGCAUAGUUAUAAAAACACAUACUUUUGGGUGCAAGUUGAAAUCUGAUAUCACAAAGAAGUUUCUUACUUCAAGGAAGAUUGAUUGAUAGUUUUUUUCCUUCUUUCGAUUCUGGUUGGUAAAACUGAUUGAUAGCUUCUAGCCCUAGAUUUUUCUUAGAUGAGUGGGCUGAUGCAUCUUCAUUUACUCCACGUCCGAGUUCUUUGUAUCAUUGUACAAUUAUUGUAAUGUAAUUUGAAAUUUUGUAGCAACCUUUGAGUAGGUUGAUUCAAAACCUGUCAUAUAACUUUGCUCAUAAAUCAUAAUUUACUUUCAUAUUUCUUAGUAUCA